CUGCAAACCUCCGCAGUUUAAUUAGCUCCCGACGUAACCAUCCCGUCAGUUCGCGCUGUCAGAAUUCCUUCCUCGCACCCUUUCUCCUCCGACGUAGAUCAAUAGCGAGUACUUCCCACGGAAACCACCCACAAUCAAUUCUUACUUGAAAGCACUCUUAACGCACAUAUCCCUUUUCCCAAAGCCUCCUCCCAGGACGCAGGGCUCAAACCCCUCGCUCAGCAACAAUGGAGUCCAUACGAGUCAGUCGCGCAGGUCCACCGCAAUCCGCAUCCUCAGAUCACCGCACCUCCUCCUCCCCUGCCCGCCCCUCAACAUCAACCCCCCGCAACCUCCGGCCCACCUCCUCCCUCCUCGACCGCAACCACUCCGCCCGCUCCAAACGCCGCACGUCCAUCCAGUUCUUUGGCCGAAGCGGGAGCGGCAUGCCCCUUUCGGCACCGGGUUCGGCGAAAAGCAAGCGUCACACACCGAUUGGAUCAGCGGACCCGAAUGCGCCGGGGAGGCAGCUGUUGCCGGCGGUGGAUAGACCGCAGGCUGUGACGGCGGUGACGAAGAGUGAAGGUGGGAGGAGACAGGUUACGGCGGCGGACGGGAAGACUUUCUGGGUUACUGAUGAUGAGUAUGAGUAUUAUAAGGAGGCCUUCACACUCUUCGACCGCGACAAAUCCGGCGCAAUCGACAUCGAAGAGCUCGACGCCGUGAUGCACAGCAUCGGUCUCCAACCCACGAAAGACGAAAUCAUGUCCAUGAUCGAAAAAGUCGAUGCGGACCAUACCGGAACAGUCGAAUUCGAAGAGUUUCUCCAAAUGUCCCACGAAUGGAUGAUCCGCGACGGCCUCGAAACCGACGAACAGAUCCACGAAGCCUUCGAAUCGCUCGAUCUCAACGCCGACAGUUUCAUCGAUCUCGAGGAUCUGGACGCUAUGAUGCGCGCUUUGUACCCUGAUCUGAGCGAGGAGGAUCCCAGGAGGAAUAGGGAGACGUUGAAGGAUAUGAUCAAAGAGUUUGAUGCGGAUGGGGAUGGGAGGAUUGGGUAUGCGGAUUUUCUGGCUAUUAUGUUGGAGAAGUAGGGAGGUGUUUUGAGGAUGGUGUACAUUUGUGAUGGGGGCUUGCCAGCCGCUUUUGAUGGUGGGAAAUAAACCCGACGUUCAGAUGGAUGCACAUGUAUCGUUUGAGAUGAUUAUUGCAAAAGCGAUGAGGGGUGGGGAUAUGAGUAUAAACGUGAUGAGAAGGGAACGAA